AUGGGAGACCAUAAUGAUUCCGUUUCGGCGCAGCUCGCAAAACUCACGGAGCUGGUUCAAGGGAUUCACACAAAGUUGGAGAUGAUAACGUCCGCUACUGCGCAUACCAAGACGCUGCUAGAAGAACUGCUACAACAGCAGAUGCAUCCAAGAGGUCGAAUGUAUCGGUAUCCACAGAGAGAUGCAAACGCAGUGCCUGAUCAAACUCCAAACACGUUUUCUGACCCAUAUGACGUGUAUUGUGGUGGUGCUUGUGGUGUGCAUCACCUUGGUGCACCUGCUUUUCAAUAUUUUCCAAUUAGCUCUUUGGCUUCAUCACUUGCUAAGGCAACUCCACAGCAUCAGAAAAAUAUGCUAGGUGAGAAUCUAUACCCGCUUGUGGAGCAGCUGGAGCCAGAAUCAGCAGCUAAAGUCACAGGAAUGCUUCUUGAGAUGGACCUAACCGAAGUACUUUACUUGCUAGAGUCUCCUAAAGCACUUAAAGCUAAAGUUGCAGAGGCAAUGGAUGUUCUGAAGAGUGUAGCAGGCGAGCAUACCAAGACGGUGCUAGAAGACGUUCAUAGUGUCACAAGUCAUCAUCAGCAGAUGCAUCCAAGAGGCCGAAUGGAUCGGUAUCCACAGAGAGAUGUAAACGCAAUGCCUGGUCUAACUCCAAACAUGCCUUCUGUCCCAUAUGACGUGUAUGGUGGUGCUCGUGGUGUGCAUGACCGUGACGCGCCUGCUUUUCAAUAUGUUUAUCUUGGAUCUUGGGCUAAAUCACUUGCUGAUGCAUCUCCACAGCAUCAGAGAGCGAUGCUUGGUCAGAAUCUAUACCCGCUUGUGGAGCAGCUGGAGCCAGAAUCAGCAGCUAAAGUCACAGGAAUGCUUCUUGGGAUGGACCUAACCGAAUUACUUCUCUUGCUGGAGUCUCCUGAAGCACUUAAAGCUAAAGUUAAAGAGGCAAUGGAUGUUCUGAGGAGUGUACCUCAGCAGCAGCAAGCCGGUGGUGCAGCUGAUCAGCUAGCUUCUCUGUCUCUUGGAGACAACGUCGAAACUUGA